AUGUCGGUUUUGAUGAUGAUGGUUAUGGCUGUGGUUAGUGAGACUAAUUGUGUUGUAAAGUUUGUAACUUUGCCUAAUUUUCUGUCAGCUUUUAAAUAUGAGGUUAAAAAGUCUGCGAAUUUGCCCAUCUGGUUACUCUUUGGUUUUGUGGCUGCUAAUCUGACAUACGCGGCUGGAGAAACGCACCGUUGGUAUCUCGCAAAGUUUGAGAAUUAUCCGGCUAAUCGGCAUGCCAUUUUCCCUUAUGUCUACUAAAUGGUUAAGAGUUAGAACACAACUUAGCCAAAAUAUGGAACAUUCUGUGGGAAUUCUCAUUAUCUCCAUAUGUAUGGAACAUAUAGUUAUAAAAAAGUCCUGCAAUAGUCUAGGUUGUGAACUUGCCGUAGUAGUUUGAUAGUGUUAUUUCUGUUAUGUUGUUUGUGUUGAGAUUCUACAGUUUGUUUUUUACUUAUGUAUAGCAGAGCACUUUAAAAGUUUGAUACUACAUCGCUGAUGGGAUAAAAUCCUCCAGAACCGGUCCAAAAGGUGAAUAUGGAGAAAGUUUGAUCUGGUGAAGAUGGAAUCAAGUAAAGGUUCAAUGAUUGGAUCUUACGAUUUGGGAUGUGACUUUGGAUUAAUGUUGUAUGCAUUUUGCCCAAUGGUACACAAGUGUAACACUUAGUGUUACUUUGGCUCGAAUCGUGAAACCAAAUGAUGAACAAAGUUCGUUUUUAGAUCAUACAUUAGCACAUGCUAAAAAUGAAAAGCAGUGGCCAUA